UCUCCGCCCCCCGCCCUCCCGCUCGGCUCCCCCGGGCCGCAGACCCCGCUCCGCCCGCGCCCCGCUCUGCUCCGCGGCUCCCGCCGUCGCCCGCUGCCCCUCCCGGGGCCAUGGGGGCGCCCCCAGGCUACAGGCCCUCCGCCUGGGUGCAUCUCCUCCACCAGCUGCCCCGCGCCGACUUCCAGCUCCGCCCGGUGCCCAGCGGCUUCGCGCCCCGGGAGCAGGAAUACCAGCAGGCCCUGUUGCUGGUGGUGGCCUUGGCGGGCCUGGGCUUGGGCCUGAGCCUCAUCUUCAUCGCUGUCUACCUCAUCCGCUUCUGCUGUUGCCGCCCCCCGGAGCCCCCCGGGGCCAAGAGCACCCCACCCGGUGGAGGCUGUGUCACCUGGAGCUGCGUGGCUGCCCUCCUCGUCGGCUGUGCUGGCAUUGGCAUUGGUUUCUAUGGCAACAGCGAGACCAGUGAUGGGGUGUCCCAGCUCAGCUCGGCACUGCUGCACGCCAACCACACGCUCAGCACCAUUGACCACCUGGUGUUAGAGACGGUGGAGAGGCUGGGCGAGGCGGUGAGGACAGAGCUGACCACCCUGGAGGAGGUGCUGGCACAGCGCACCGAGCUGGUGGCGGCCACCCGGGGAGCUAGGCGGCAGGCAGAGGCUGUGGCCCAGCAGCUGCAGGGGCUGGCCUUCUGGCAGGGAGUGCCCUUGAACCCCCUGCAGGUGGCGGAAGACGUGUCCUUUGUGGAGGAGUACAGCCCUCCUGCCCCCAGGUGGCUGGCCUAUGUCCUCCUGCUGCUCUUGGAGCUCCUGGUCUGCCUCUUCACCCUCCUGGGCCUGGCGAAGCAGAGCAAGUGGCUGGUGGCCGUGAUGACGGCCAUGAGUCUCCUGGUGCUUGUCCUGAGCUGGGGCUCCAUGGGUCUUGAGGCAGCCACAGCUGUGGGCCUCAGUGACUUCUGCUCCAAUCCAGACACCUACGUCCUGAACCUGACCCAGGAGGAGACGGGGCUCAGCUCAGACAUCCUGAACUAUUACUUCCUGUGCAACCAGGCCAUCACCAACCCCUUCCAACAGAGGUUGACUCUGUCCCAGCGAGCGCUGGCCAACAUCCAUUCCCAGCUGCAGGGCCUGGAGCGAGAAGCAGUUCCCCAGUUCCCAUCUGCACAGAAGCCUCUGCUGUCCUUGGAGGAGACGCUGAAUGUGACAGAGGGAAACUUCCACCAGCUGGUGGCACUGCUACACUGCCGCGGCCUGCACAAGGACUACGGCGUGGCCCUCCGUGGCCUGUGUGAAGACGCACUGGAGGGCCUGCUCUUCCUGCUGCUCUUCUCCCUCCUGUCCGCUGGGGCCCUGGCCACCACCCUCUGCAGCCUACCCCGAGCCUGGGCCCUCUUCCCACCCAGUGACGACUAUGAGGACACUGAUGACGACGACCCUUUUAACCCUCAGGAAUCCAAGCGCUUUGUGCAGUGGCAGUCAUCUAUCUGAACCCCUCCUCCCCGCCAGCCUGGAGCCUGCCUCCCCUCUUCGCUCCUUCCCUGGCCGCAGGAGGAGACCCCAUUAACCCGCCUGACUGGGCUCUGACCACUAACACUGACGGCCACGGAUACCCCACACAGGACUGUCUCCUGCCCUGGUCCCAAUGCCCCCACCUGUCUUCACCUGGUCAGCUGAGGGGGCAGAGCAGGAGCCAGGGCUGGCAGGGGAGGAGGCAGGCAGACAGCCCAGGCCUCAUCUCUGCCUGCCAGUCCCAUCCACAAAGGGACUGGAAUGGGUGCAGGGACAGGAGCCUUCCUGUUCAUCCAUACCCCAGUGAGCUCUAGGGCUCUGGUCUCAACUUGUGGCACUAACUUGGAAAGGGUUGAUUUGAAAUAAAAAGGAAGACUUUAUUUUACAAGCGGCAGGGUCCUUAUGUCUCCCCCUCCCAGGUUCUGCUCCAGGUUGGGCUGGGAGGAUCCUUCCCAGUGGAUGCUAGUCAGUGCUCCUCUCCAAGCUCAGCCGCGGUUCUAUCUCUAAAAGUCAUACCCGUAUCCUGGCAGGAAGAGAGAACACACCUAGAAGAUGAUUAUGUGUAUCUGUGUACCUAGGACAGAAGACCAACCUCAAGUCCCUACAAAAGCUGUUAACCGUGCCCUAUCAGCUGGUUCUGCAUCCAGUCAAAACCUCCCACCCAGACGGGCAAAAUAUCUAAAUGUGUACUAGUAAAGGGACAGAAGUAUUUUGAGAGAAAUUAGGAGAUUAUGUUUAUGUUGUGUACCUAGGUGGAGUUGGGGGAAAGAACUUUAAUCAAGAUAACAGAAGCCCAGAAGGGAAAAGAUAACUUACUUAGCAAAUCAUAGCAUGAAAACAAAUGUGGUCAAAAGGCAAAUUUUUAAUCUGGGGAACUGUAUGUGACACAGAGAAAUACAUUAUUUUUAAUACAUAAAUAUAAUCUGCAAAAACUUCUAUAGACAACAAAAAGCUCAAUUUAGAAAUUAGCAACUGAGAUGAACAUUCAUGAAACAAAAGUCCCAACACCCACAAACAGAGGAGACGUGAAGCAACCAGCAGCUCCACUAACCAGUUACAAAAUUAGAAACAGGGGUCCUGUUCUGUGCUGGCCAGGAGGUGCAGGAACAGCACUCCAACACACAGUCCAGGGAUUUGAAUCACAUCCCUUGAAAACGUUUACCUAGUCAAUGUGAAAAAUUCAAAACUGAGUAGACCCCCUGACCCAGCAAUCCUGCUCUGGGGAAUUAAU